AUGCCCUCCCCGUGCUCCCCCGCCCGCUGGGUGAGAGACUUCUUCUCGUACGAGACCCCCAAGUCGGUGGUGGUGAAGAGCUGGGUGGUGGGGGUCGUGAACCGCGGCGUGCAGCUUCUCAUCCUCGCCUACUUUGUCGGAUGGGUGUUCAUCCAUGAGAAAGCCUACCAGGUGCGGGACACUGUCAUCGAGUCCUCCGUGGUCACCAAGGUGAAAGGCAUCGGGCGCUACGCGGGCCGCGUGCUGGAUACGGCCGACUACGUCACCCCCCCCGAGGGCACCUCGGUGUUUGUGGUGGUCACCAAACAGAUCGUGACGGAGAACCAGGCGCAGGGAUUCUGCCCGGAGAGUGACCCCACGUUCCGCUGCUCCACCGACCGUGACUGCCGGGGGCCAAGCCCUGCUUCGGGCAGCGGGGUCCUGACCGGGCGCUGCAUCCCCUACAACGGGACCCUGCGCGCCUGCGAGAUCCGCGGCUGGUGCCCGGCUGAGGUCGACACCGUGGACGUGCCUGUCAUGAUGGAGGCUGAAAACUUCACCCUGUUCAUCAAGAACAGCAUCCGCUUCCCGCUGUUCGGCUUCGAGAAGGCCAACCUGCCCCCGCCGGGCAGCGGAGUGUCCCUGGGACGCUGCCGGUUUCACCCCGAGCUGGCCCCUCUGUGCCCCAUCCUGCGCCUGGGCGACGUGGUGCGACUGGCAGGAGAGGAAUUCCCCGCGCUGGCCACCACCGGGGGGGUGCUGGGCAUCAAGAUCGGGUGGGUGUGUGACCUGGACCGGGCAUGGGAGCGCUGCCAGCCCCGGUACUCCUUCACUCGCCUGGACGGACGUUCCCACGCCCCUGCCUCUGGAUACAACUUCAGGCACGCCCGGUACUACCGCUGGCCUGACGGCUCUGAGCACCGCACCCUCACCAAAGCCUUCGGCAUCCGCUUCGACGUCCUGGUGUACGGCAAUGCUGGGAAAUUUGGCAUCGUCCCUACCCUCAUCAACACGGUGGCAGCUUUCACCUCCAUUGGUGUGGGCACGGUGCUGUGCGACAUCAUCCUGCUCAACUUCCUGAAGGGGGCUGAACACUACAAGGCUCGCAAGUUCGAGGAGGUGCCAGAGACUGGAGUGCCCGCACCCCCCACCAGCCCCACAGCCAGUGCCCACCGGGGGCUGGGGGUCUGCAGCCGUGACAAGCAGUCCACAGACUCGGGCACCUUCUCCCUCGGCCUGUAG